AUGGCGCCAAACUUUAAGACUGAGAAAGUGGGAAUUGUAGGCAGUGGUUUAAUUGGAAGAUCAUGGGCAAUGCUCUUCGCAUCAGUUGGUUAUCAAGUUACAAUUUUUGACAUCGUGCCGAAGCAAGUGUCUGACGCGCUUGCAGAUAUCAAAGUACAGCUGAAAACCUUAGCAAAGGAUGGGUUAUUGCGCGGUACACUUAAUGCGGAUGAGCAAAUAAGUUGUAUUAAAGGCACGACUGACUUAUCAACAGCAGUUAAAGAUGCAGUUUUCGUCCAAGAGUGCGUGCCCGAAAGCCUCGAGCUCAAAAAAAAAGUUUUCCAAGACCUAGAUAAAGUAGUCGAUGAUAGAACUAUUUUAUCCAGUUCCACAAGCACUACCUUGCCUUCGCUCUUUUCGGAAGGAUUGAAACACAAGUCUCAGGUCAUCGUGUCGCAUCCAGUGAAUCCUCCUUAUUACGUGCCAUUGGUAGAAAUCGUUCCUGCGCCGUGGACGAAACCCGAAGUUGCUAAGAAGACCAGGGAAAUUAUGUUAGAGAUAGGCCAGGAACCUGUGUCUUUGUCCAGAGAGAUCGAUGGCUUUGUCUUAAAUCGUAUCCAAUAUGCCAUUUUAAAUGAAGUCUGGCGCUUAGUCGACGACAAAGUUGUGGAUGUACAAGAUAUUGACAAAGUAAUAUCUGAAGGCUUGGGAAUGCGAUACGCUUUCCUUGGUUCCUUAGAGACGGCGCAUUUGAACGCGGAAGGCAUGAAGAGCUAUAUUGAAAGAUACGGAGAAACAAUCUACAAAGUGAGCAACACCUUCGGUCCAAACCCUCUUAUGACGACUUCAAAAAGCGCGGAUACCAUUUGCGAGCAACUCAACGCUAUGGUGCCAAUAGACCGGCUACAAGAGCGCCGCGCGUGGCGGGACGCUUGCCUUACACGGUUGGCGUUAUUGAAAAAAGAGAUGAACGCUAAAUACAAUAAAAAU